AUGGGAAAGGCCAUUUUAUCAGGAAUAAUUGCGAGUAUGAUGAUCUCAGGUCAAGAUGAAGACCAAAUAUAUAAACCAAAAAAGUUCAUUGCUUGUGUCUCAAGAGAGGAAUCCGGUGCUCGAAUCAAAAAAACUUUUAACGAUAAAGUCACGUUGUUAGUUGGAGAAAAUGUUAAAGGAGUUAAUGAGGCUGAUAUAGUGUUUUUAUGCUCAAAACCACAAGUAGCACAAUCAAUUUUAACAGAGGAAGGAAUGAUUCAAGCAUUAGAGAAUAAACCUCUUAUCAGUAUAUUGGCAGGAGUGACAAUAAGUCAACUUGAGAAAUGGGUUCCUUUAACAACUAAAAUCAUUAGAGCUAUGCCCAAUACUCCUUGCAUGAUACGCGAAGGAAUGACAGUAAUUGGUUGUCGAAAUGAUGUUAAAGCGGAAGACAAAGAUUUUGCGUCUUGGGCUUUUUCUACCUUGGGACGAGUGAGAUUUUUAGAUGAAAAACAUUUUGACGCAGUUACAGGACUUUCUGGAAGUGGUCCAGCGUUCGCAUGUGUCGUAUUGGAAUCUAUGGCAGAUGGAGGAGUUAUGAUGGGGCUUCCCCGUGAUAUCGCGUUUGAAUUGGCAGCGCAAGCACUUCAAGGAGCAGCAAGAAUGGUUUUGCAAACUGGUAAACAUCCAUCAGAGAUUAAAGAUACCGUAACAACUCCCGCGGGAUGUACAAUCGCGGGAUUGCUUACCAUGGAAGAUGGUAAAAUUAGAUCAACAAUAGCGAGAUCUAUACAAGAAGCAUCUAAUGUUGCAUCUACAUUGGGAAAGAUACAAUCUAAAAAAUAA